AGCUGUGGAGUCUGGCCUAGCACAGCUCCCACCCAGCUUUCUAGGGACAUCGGGGUCACGGGGACUCAACAGGACUCCAGCUGUGGAGUCUGGCCUAGCACAGCUCCACCCAGCUUUCUAGGGACAUCGGGCAGGGACAGUUCAAAACACAGGUGGUCGGUGCGCACAGCAGGGACAGUUCAAAACACGGGUGGUCGGUGCACACAGCGGGGACAGUUCAAAACACGGUGGACAGUACACACAGUGGGGACAGUUCAGAACACGGGUGGUCGGUGCACACAUCGGGGACAGUUCAGAACACGGGUGGUUGGUGCACACAGCGGGGACAGUUCA